GGCGUGACGUCGACGGCGGCUCGCAGCCCUGCCCGUCAUGGCGGCGCCCUCGGCCCCGCGGCCGCCCCGGCCCCGCAAGGAGCCGCAGCCGCUCGUCAUCCCGCGCAGCGCCGCCGAGGAGCAGCGCCUCCGCCUCGAGCGCCUCAUGAGGAACCCGGAAAAGACUGUACCAAUUCCUGAAAAACUGAAUGAAUGGGCACCACGACCUCCCCCGGAGUUCGUCAGAGAUGUGAUGGGUUCCAGUGCUGGAGCUGGGAGUGGGGAGUUUCAUGUGUACCGGCAUCUUCGUCGGCGGGAGUACCAGAGGCAAGAUUUCAUGGAUGCCAUGGCUGAGAAGCAAAGACUAGAUGAGGAAUUCCAGAAGAAACUGGAGAGGAAUAAGAUGAUUGCAGAAGAACAAACAGCAAAACGCAGAAGGAAGCGCCAGAAGUUAAAAGAGAAGAAACUGCAAGCUAAGAAAAAUAAACUUGAACAAAAGAAGCAGGAAAAAGAACCUGAUCAAUCUCAAGAGCAAGUCAGCAGCGAGGAUGAUGAAGAAGAUGAUAGCAAGGAGGAGGAAGAGAAGGAAGAUGAUGCUGAAGAGCCAAGUUUUGUGAUGGGAAGAGGAUGAGGCCUUUCAGGGACAGCUGGAAACACUGUUCAUUGCUUUAUAUUCAGGAGCAUGAAAGUCUUUCAUCACAGCCAAGCAGAACCCAUUGGCGUAUGUUAUAUCUGCUUAACGGUGAAUGACCUUCACGUCACAGGCUCAAGAGAUAUUGAUAGAGAAAUGCCAAAUAAGAGAUUUUUUUCUUAAUUGCUUGUAUAACUGCUGUGCAGUCUGCUCUAAGUUUGCUCUAACGAGUCAGCCAUUAAGUCUCUGUGACCCUAGACUUCUUUCUAACAUGGCCCAGAGUGUUUUUCUGUCCGAAAGCUAAAACAUAUCCAUUACCAUUUAAGGAAAAUAUUACUGUGAGGGCUACGUAUUCUACUUAUGUCGAAGCUGGUAGCAGUGGGAUACAUGAAUCUAAGGGAAGAGUUUAACCUAAAGUAUAAAAGUGGUCUGUAGCCAGACUCUCCUGCACUGUGAGUGUUCUGAAUUUGGGGUUUUGUAUGGGGUCAUCUUUAACCCAAAGAAAUCAGUUUAUGUUGCUAGACAAGUUCUAUAGAUUUUUAAGCAGGAUCCCUUUUAUAUUGCUAAAACUUUCCCUAUUACUUUUCUUCCGUGUUUUUUAAAUGAAUAAAGGGGAUGUGUUGGUUUGUUCUGUCUUCUUUUUUUUUUUUUUGAAAAGGAUUUCAGUAAAAUAGAGAUGCUUGCAAUGCUGCAGGGAGGGACAAAAAGACUAAGUUAUGUGGCACACGUGAAAAUACAGGAGAAGGUGUUAGCUGCAUGUCAUUUACUUUUUGCUUCUGGAUUGGAACAGUAUCUUUUUGAAAAGAUUAUAUCUGUAAAGCCUCCAAAUCCUGUGGCAGAAAGGCUUGGAAUGGAAUGGUUUUGCUUGUGUUCAGCUUCAUGUAAUGACACUUGCCUUUCUCUCUGCUUCAGCUCUCUGCUUUGACCUUUGGGUUCCCUAGUAGGAAUCAUAACCUCUGUAUAUAUAUAUUUACUGUUGGCGCUUAAAUGAAAAGCAGUGGUUUUAUUUGCAACUUAGGUUAUUGUCUUUUCACUGUAUCUUUAAUUAGAAGUGCCUGCUAUCUUUCAGACAUGCUCAUCCCAGGACCUUGGCAUCCAGAACGUGGUGCUACUUCUUUUCAAGCCUUUGUUAAUGCCAAAUUAUUUAAAGCUAAAAUAAUAAAAAGGGAGAAUCUCUUUUUA